AUGCAGCCUCGUCAUGGCAUGAUUCUGUUCGCCAUACUGGCCGCGCUGCUUGGAGCAGCGUACGGCCAGGGAAUCUUCGGUGGCCAGUUGCCUCCAAGCCGACCUGGAAGACCGCAGAGCAUCACGGGGAUCAUCAACCUCCUGCGUUACCAGAACCAGCCAUGCGAAGGCAGAAACAACCAGAAUGGAACCUGCGUCAGUGAACAGGAUUGCAUCGACAGAAAAGGAACGGAAGUUAACCGGUGUGCCAACGGCUUCGGCGUCUGCUGCUAUGUGAGCUUCACGUGCGGCAAGUCGACGAGCGACAACGAGACGGAGUUCGUGAACCCCAACUACCCGAACGGCGAGAACGGGACGGACACGUGCCAAGUGACCAUCGAGAAGCAGAACAACGUGUGCCAGCUGCGCCUCGACUUCCUCGAGUUCAGUCUGGCCCAGCCCGAUGAGAACGGACAGUGCAUCACCGACUCGUUCAUGGUGCGGACGACCGUCGGGGAGCGCCUGCCCAUUCUUUGCGGAGAGAACGCGGGACUGCACUUGUACGUGGACAUGGGACGAAGUUCUGGGAAUCCUGUGGUGCUAAGUGUGGUCAGCAACGGGGACAAGAUGACACGGAGAUGGCGAAUAAAGAUCAGCAUGGUCCAGUGCAAUAGUCUCGAUAUAGCGCCUGCCGGCUGUCUACUGUACUACCGAAGCCCCAGCGCCAUCGUGCGGAGCUUCAACUACGGCCCGAUGGUGGAUCACCGGGUGCGCUACCUGAGCAAUCUGCGCUACUCCAUCUGCAUCCGGAUGGAGGAGAACUUCUGCUCCAUCAAGUGGGAGACGGAGUCCAAUUCGUCCUUCUCGUGGGGCAAGCCGAUCGACCGCGGCGCCAACGGCACCACCUGCAACAUGGACGACUUUGUUGGUAUUGAUCAAGGCUCGAUGCUUGGACUCGGUCACGGACAGGAUCGGUUCUGCGGGACCAGCCUUGGCGACGAGAACGUCAUCAUCUCCAACAGCAAGCCAUUCACGUUGAAGGUCAAGAGCAACCAUGCCUCGAGCGACAACGCCAUGAACGGCCAGUACGGCUUCUCGCUGCGGUACACCCAACUACCGUGUGUCGUCUAGCACGGAGCACGCGCACAAACCCCUCGAGUCAUCUAUCUUCCUUGCCACGGAGACAGGUCAGUCACCAGAACCUACUGCUACAUUUUUUUUUAUCCUACGCGAACACCCAACGGAAUGGAUGAAUUGGCCCGGUGAUCGGAGGAUUCACGAGAAGCCGGCUGAUCGCACCUCAUGAAUGCCAACGUCAUCUUGUAUACCAC